AAGUGAGUUGUCUAAAUUUCAUUUGAAUGUCUUUUAAACCAAAGUUUUUUAUAUCUGGCACGAAUUUUUUAUCCUCUUUUAAUACAAAUCCACCUCAUUAUCUGGAUUAUCUCUAUCAACAAACAGAGAGAGAGAAAGAGAGAUUAAAACCAUGUCAGCUUCAAGAUUUUAUCGAAAACUUGGAACUUUGGUUAGGAACCAAAUUCGAAAUUCUUCAACUAUUGAUACGAAUGAAAAAGUGUUGACCAUAGCAAUUAUUGGAUCGCCCAAUGCUGGCAAAUCAACUCUUGUCAAUUCCAUAGUAGGUGCUCGUGUAUCUGCUGUGUCUCAUGUUGCACACACCACCAGAACUUUCUCAAAUGGAAUUUUAAACAUUGAUAACACACAACUGGUAUUUACUGAUACUCCUGGUGUCGUAUCACACCAUGAAGGGAGACGUUUGAAGAUGGAUAAAAACCAUAUUCGAGCCCCCAAAAGAGUAGCUGGUUCCGCGGACAUGCUAGCUGUUGUUACAGAUGUGUCAUUUCGAAAAACUAAAGAUUAUAUAGACGAAACUAUUUUGAGCAUAAUAAAUAACCAUUGUAAUAUCCCAGCCAUACUUAUUAUGAACAAAGUUGACAUGCUUAAGCGAAAGGAGGAUUUAUUAUUUCUGACGACAUUGCUGAUGCAAGACCGAAAAAAAGACGAAUGGGGUUAUCAGCCGUUUGGUGGUUCCAGUAGAUUCAAGGAAUGUUUUUAUAUCUCUGCUAAAACAGGCGAUGGCGUAGACCCUUUAGUGAAAUAUUUCUUGUCGCAAGCAAAACAUUCAAACUGGCAGUAUUCGUCAGAUAUAUAUUGUGAUGCCAGUGUUGAAGCACAAAUAGCGGAAGUGUUUCGUGAAAAAGUGCUCCUGUUAUUUUCACAAGAAAUCCCUUGGCAAGUCAAACAGGAAACGAUUCUUUUCCACGAAGAUAAUGGUUUCGUAAGGAUCCAUCAGAAGUUGACAUGGCCGAAGAAGAGUCAGCGAAGAUACGUAAUGACAAAAUAUGACGAACUUGUGGAACUUUCCAAAGAGGAGCUUGAGUAUAUGUUCCAAUGUCCAAUUCACAUUACGCUGGAUAUUAGUCAAAAGGAUAAAAUGACCAAAGAUGAUUUAAUGUAUUUUUGAUAUUUUAUAUUUAACACAAUUUUAUAUGAGUUUUUGAUGAUUUGCUGAUUUUAGGUAGGUCCAAACAACUACAGUACUUUAAGGGAAAAAACUUUCGGAGUCAAAAAAGUCGUAAAAUCAACAGAAAUAACUUAAAGGAGGUCUUAAAAUAGCGUAAAUAAAAAAACCCCGCUAAAAGCGCAUGAUUUUGAAUCAAUUCAAGAAGUUGGUUAACUAUGGUGGCCGGGGAGUGUCAACGCAUAAAAUGAAUUAGAGAAGGAAAAAUGUAAAGUGAAACAUAUUCUAUAACGCAACUGAUGACAUUUGUCGGCCAACAUCGUUGUUCGAUUAGUGUCACAAUUUUUUUCGGUACCGUCAAAUUUUUCACAAUAACAAUUGUUUUCAUCUUACCGUUUCCAGCUGUCCUCGUGCUUUCGGUUUUUCACACCGGCUGACCUCGUGGUAUAAAUAAGAAUAAAUAAACACUGGGUAAGGGGGGGGGGAGUAGUAAUUUUUUAUUGUGUUGUUUUUACUGAAAAUAGUAAGUAUAUUCUAUAUAUUGACCCCCUUUUUCUUCCUUUAUGAAAUAAAAUAACGUCAAGUUAGCUAGCUACCUAUUUCAACAUACUUCCGCGAUCAAGUUUUUUAAAGCCAUCUCGAUUUCGACCAAAAAUCGCUAAAUUCCUUUUGCCAAAGUUUCCUCAAUGUAAGAAGAAACGACUAUAUUGGCGGCAGAAAGUGACAACAAUCAAGGAAUAGCAUAUAAAUGACGUGCGACUACACGUUCAUGUGAUUAAAAAUUACAAAGACAAAACCUUGCGAAAUGGACUAUUACUAAACUGUUAUGAAAAACCUAAAAUAGUUUUCAGUUAAAAACAUGCAUUCUUGGCUACAAUUUUAUGGCCAGAAGUGAUAAUGUAUAUUAGUUUUGAAGUUUGUAAAUGACAAUGCCAUCCUUGA